AUGGCCCGCCCAGACAAUGUAGUUGAUAACAGCACAUCCAGCACUGUGGGUUUAGGCUACAGCGUGGGAGUUGGAGAAGCAGCAAAUUUUGCUGCCUAUGCCUUUGCCCCUGCAACGCUGGUAACUCCACUGGGUGCUCUAAGUGUCCUUGUCAGUGCAGUUCUGUCUUCCACCUUCCUGCAUGAGCAGCUGAAUGUUCAUGGGAAGAUUGGCUGCAUCCUGAGUAUCCUGGGCUCCACGGUGAUGGUGAUCCAUGCUCCACAGGAAGAAGAGGUUUCCAGCCUGGAGUCAAUGGCAGAGAAGCUGAAAGAUCCAGGAUUCAUUGUAUUUGCUGUAUGUGUGCUGGUGAGCUCCCUUCUGCUUAUCUUUGUGGCUGGACCCCGCUACGGACAGAGCAAUGUCCUGGUUUAUGUUUUGGUCUGCUCCGCCAUCGGCUCGCUUUCUGUGUCCUGUGUCAAAGGCUUGGGGAUUGCCCUGAAAGAACUGUUUUCCGGGAAGCCAGUCCUGAAAGAACCACUGGGCUGGGUGCUCCUGGUGUGCCUGGUGAUCUGCAUCAGCAUCCAAAUCAACUAUCUGAACAAAGCCUUGGACAUCUUCAACACAUCUGUGGUCACACCCAUUUACUAUGUGCUGUUCACCACAGCAGUCAUGAUGUGCUCUGCCAUCCUCUUCAAGGAGUGGCAACACAUGGUGCUAGACAACAUCAUCGGCACCAUCAGUGGCUUCCUCACCAUCGUGUCUGGCAUCUUCCUCCUGCACGCCUUCAGGGACAUGCCCUUCACCCCCGACCUCCUGCCCCUCUUCCUGCAGCAAGGCAGGACAGACCUGCACGCCUCGUGGAGGAGUGCAGACAGACAUCAGUCAUGUCAGCACCAGCCUCUUCUGCCCUCAGAGGACAAAGGCUCUCACAGCACAGAGGAGGAGGAAGCUGAAAGCGUGUGAGGAAGCCUCCGAACUGCUAGGUUUUUGCUCCCACUGCUGAACAGCUCCACUGCAAGGUUGAACAUGCUGCCUCAGCUGCUGCUAGCUACUGCUGCACAAGCAGGAGUUGGCAGUUACCAUCUACCUGCCCCCGGCACAAGAUGGGUGACCUGCCACUGCCAGGAGGCUGACAGGGACAGCAGCCUCCUGCGGCUACAGACAGGAGCACUGGGAACUGCCCAGUUCCUGCGAUCUGGUGCCUCUUCACUGUUCUUUUACAUGAAGAAUUGAUCUGCCCACGUCAGGACAUAGGCUUUGGCGGCGCAGAGGCCCCGCAGCACUAACACAGUGCUAACCCUUACUGAAUGUGAAGACCACGCAUUUGGGGAGGCCUCACAGCAUUUUUUUAAAAAUAUACUUAAAAGAUUAACAGUUACAAAAUAAUCUAACAUGGUGCUAAGAUUACAUGGAGAAAAGAUGGAUGUCUGGCUUUAAAGAUGACAUAUCCAGAAUAUUAAUUCAAAAAUUCCUCUGUCAAGUACUUGUUUUGCUCACUCUGCUAGAAUUUAUUUACAGAUUCACAUCCAAGAACAGAAUACAGCCAAAACUAGAAAACUUCAGUGGUGCUGCCACAUGCUGCUGUGGCUCUUACGGAGGGACCAACCUCUUCAUGCAACAUCUGCUGUGCAGGUUGAUGAAGCACCUGCUUACUGUAUUCUAUUAAAAACCUAUUUGUUCAGUUACCGAGUGGCUAGUGAUACAUUUGUACUGAGAGCUGGGCCAGCGCUGAAAGGUGUGAAGACUUACAGCGGUAGGAAGAACCGUGUGGAUGCUUGAGAGAAACUCAAGAUAGGGACAGGAGAGGGAAUCACUUACUGCGGGAAGAGGAGUGACCCAAGAGUCCUUAGCUAUUGAGGUAAGUUUCUGAAGGAUAACUGGACAGCUGUGUCCUGACUAACGUGGGUUUAUAUCUGCAUAUCUCUGCUGAACACAUCCUGAACUUGUUCCCAGGAAGGCUGCUGGCUACAAGCCACCCGUGUUAGGAACUCGCACGCCCUGUCCAGCCACCCACAGCAAAGGCAUGUGUGCAAAACUGCUUUACCAGGUUCCUGUGUAGAGCUCCAAGCCACUGUCAGUGGGUCACUCCAGGCUUCCCAGAGCCAUGCUGUACGUCAACACUGCUGAAAUGCUAUGCUGCCUUUCCAGAGGGUGGAUCAGUAGUUUGUUGUUUCUCCAGUUAGAAGCUCCUCUCUGUGUCCUGGGGGCAGAAGUCCAGGAGGUGCAGCCAUAGGCCUUCCUCCCCUGCUCUCCACAGGUGAAGGUGCACGAGGUUAUAAAGUAGCUGGUUACUUAUUUCCUGCAUUUAGUUUCUCUACAGAAACUACUCCUUUACAGGACAGCAGGAUCUGUUAACCCUUUGGGGAUGAGGAGGAAAGGCCACAGCCUCUCCCAGAAACAAGUUUGAUUCAUGGGACCAAAUCAGUUGAGCAACAAAUCAGAAUUCAGAGCAGACCUUCUAGCCAGAAGACAAUUAUGCCCCCUCCCUACUAAUUUUGCAAUAAACAGGAUUACUGGGAAGGAGGGAGAAUGACAAGAAGGUCAGAUUUUCAAUUCUCGGUGGUCAUCUACCUGAACAAAGGAGAAUCUCAUGUUAAAAAUUGACGCAGUUAAUAUUUAUUACAUUGACCAGGGGAAAGCAGUUAAUGGAGCAAGUCAGUAUUGACAGAGUUGUGCUGCAAUUUGAAAAUUUGUCACGGCCACAUGAACGAUUUACCUACGGAAGCGUGAAAGUAUUUUCCAGUAGCGACACUGUCUGGGAUGAUCACUGUGCUCAGCAAACUCUUCUCACUAAGGGUACCUGUACCGGACCGCUCGGCAACGGCGCCUGCAGGGCUUGUUAGCAUCCACCCAGGAGGGUUUGUUCUGUGCAGCACUGUUUAAGGCAGCGGUCGCAGGCUGGCCUCGCCCAGGGCCGAGAUUCACAUCAGCCCCUGAUGCGAGCAUCGCCACCCCUCCUUUCAGCUGGGCGGGUGCGUGCCAAAUGCUCCCUACGUAGCAUCGGUAGCCCCGGAGUCCCAGCGCAAGGACAGCUGCUGGCAGCGCGUCACCCUGAGGAGGAGUGACUGUGCCUCUGUCGUGGGCUCUCAUCUGGCUGCAACUUCCCCAAGACUGCAUUUAAUUAAAUCCUAAACCCCAGAGCUGAUCCUGGCUCAUUCAGGCGGCAGAGAGACCGGGAGCCAGCGCAGCGGAGGGCCCAGCCUCGCGGGGCGCUGGCUGCGUCCCCCGGGGCGCAGGUCCCACUCAGUCGGACAGGCUCUCCGAGAAGGUCGA